AUGCCGACAGUCCCGGGCCAGAGGAACAAGUCUGUGACUCAGCCCCUUCAUGGGGGCCUGUCAGGAGGAAGUGGGGCUGGUUCUGGGGACAGGGGUGCUGCAGGCUGCACCCAAUGGCCCGGGAGGGAAGAGGCCCAGAGACUGACUCCCAGCUGCCGAGAGUUCCUGUCUGGCUGCGCCGGCUGCGAUGUGAGACUGCCCGGCCCCUCAGCGGACCACAGCCAGCCAGGACUCCGCAGCACAGGACUCUGCCUGCGGCCCAGCCCCGGACGCCACUCCUCGAGGGGACGCUCCCACAGCUGCGCCACAAAGCCAGGCUCCCCCCACCCCACACACGUGUGCUGCUCCAACCUCCCUCACUCCUCUGCUGAAGGAUGUGGGGCUCCUCUCCUCCCUGCUAAGCUCCACUCCUCAGCCACUCCUGAGGCCCGGGAGGAGCUGAGCGGCUUUGUUUGUUUACCCAUCACGACUGACCUACUGACCAGCUCCCCGCACAUAGCCCUGCUCCAUCCCAGCGUUAGGAAAUGUCGGGAAACUGCCUAUUUCCAUGGAAUCAGCUGGGUGGCAUGCACAACACAGCAGUCUUCUGGAGUUUCUGCGGAUGCAGACCGAGCCCCAACACCAGAGCUCCAACCUGCGCUCACCCCCAGUGAGGAAGGGUGGGCGGUGGCCGGAGGACACAAUCCACACACAGCUUAAAACACAGAGUUGCACAGAGCCAGGGGUCACCCACAAAGUGGAGAAGCCGUCAAAAGAAACAGAUCCUGGGAGUCGGACGGUAGGUAGCGCAG